AUGGAAAGGAAGGGAGAGGAGGAUGGGAUGUGGAACAUAUCACCCUCCAACACAUCACAUUUCAACUCAUCACCCUCCAGUAUACCACACUCCAACACAUCACCCUCCAGCACAUCAUUCUCCAGCAAAUCACCCUCCAGCACAUCACCCUCCAACACACCACACUCCAACACAUCACUCUCCUGUAUACCACACUCCAACACAUCACCCUCCAGUACAUCACCAUCCAGCACACCACACUCCAACACAUCACCCUCCUGCACAUCACACUCCAACACAUCACACUCCAACAAUCACACUCCAACACACCACACUCCAACACAUCACUCUCCAUCAUACCACACUCCAACACAUCACCCUCCUGCACAUCACACUCCAACACAUCGCACUCCAGUACAUCACCCUCCAGCAGAUCACCCUCCAACACAUCACCCUCCAGCACAUCCCCCUUCCGACACAUCACCCUCCAACACAUCACACUCCAACACAUUAACCUCCAAAACAUUACACUCCAACACAUCACACUCCAACCCAUCACCCUCCAGCACAUCACACCUCCAGUACAUCACCUCCAGCACAAUACCAUCCAAUACAUCAGCCUCCAGCACAUCACACUCCAACACAUCACAUCUCCAAAACAUCACACUCCAACACAUCACACUCCAGCACAUCACACCUAACACAUCACACUCCAACACAUCACCCUCCAGCUCAUCACACUACAACACAUCACAUCUCCAACACAUCACACCCAACACAUCACACUCCAGCACAUCACACUCCAGCACAUCACACUCCAACACAUCACACUCCAACACAUCACACUCCAGCACAUCACACUCUGACACAUCACACUCCAACACUUCACCCUCCAGCUCAUCACACUCCAGCACAUCACACUCCAGCACAUCACACUCCAACACAUCACACUCCAACACAUCACACUCCAGCACAUCACACUCUGACACAUCACACUCCAACACAUCACCCUCCAGCUCAUCACACUCCAGCACAUCACACUCCAGCACAUCACACUCCAACAUAUCACACUCCAACACAUCACACUCCCCCAGUACAAUAGUGACAAAAGAACGCCAUAAAAAACAAAAUACAAACAUAAUUUUAUGGAAACAAUCAUUGGAAAACAUUCUAACUUGA